AAAGUUUGCUUCAUCUCUGGGGGACAUGGCAAAUAUUGACCCGGGAGUCUUGCGUAGAUUUCUAGCCCGCAGUUACCAGUCCUGCUGUAUUUCCCCCCAAAGUAGCACAGUACGUUUGGUUGUAGGACGAACAUAAACCAUGAGGACCAGGCUUCUCCUUUUCCUUCUAGUCGGUCUUCUAGGCCUUCAACUGAGCCGCUGCUUUGAGUUUGUAAUAGAUGGGGAAUGGGAGGACGACACGCCAGAUAUCCAGAAUCAUCAUGACAGACACAAGAGAGCGAUAUUGACCAGUGAAGAGCAGGAAGACUUUGAGGCCAUCCGAGGAGAUGACAUCACCGUCAAGAGUUACAAAGUGGAGAGCCGAAUCACGUCGCGAUUCGCUCACACCACUGUCCGAAGUUCGGUGGUCAACUCUGGCUCUAAGGCCCAAACCAUUGGCUUCAACGUGCAGAUCCCCAAGAGGGCCUUCAUCACCAACUUUACAAUGAACGUCAACGGCAUCACAUUUAUAGGCUCCGUUAAGGAGAAGACGGUGGCCAGGAACCUUUAUGCUCAAGCCCGAGCCAGAGGCAAGGCCGCCGGCAUUGUCAGGGCCAACUCUCAGGACAUGGAGACCUUUAAGACAGAGGUGCACGUCCCCCCUGGUAGCAACAUCGAGUUUGAGCUGCACUACCAAGAGAUGAUGCAGAGGAAGUUGGGCUUCUAUGAGCACUCGCUGCACCUGCAGCCUGGCAGAUUGGUCCCUCAGUUCCAGGCAGAUGUCUACAUCUAUGAGCCAAAGGGAAUCUCCAAGUUGAAAACAACAAACACUUUCGGCGAAGAUUUUACAAACCUGGUUAAAGUUAAUCAGUCCCCUGAGAAGGCUCACGUGGUCUUCAAACCCACCUUGCAGCAGCAAAGGAAGUGCGACACCUGCAACGACAGCGCCAUAGACGGCGUCUUUACUGUCAAAUAUGACGUGAGCCGGGAUAGGAAUGCUGGUGAGCUGCAGGUCUCGGACGGCCACUUUGUCCAUUUCUUCGCCCCGUCCAACCUGCCACCGCUCCCUAAAAACAUCAUGUUUGUAAUUGAUGUGAGCGGGUCUAUGUGGGGCGUCAAGAUGAAGCAAACGGUGGAGGCCAUGAAGGCCAUCUUGGACGGCCUCACCAUCGACGACCAGUUCAGCAUUAUUGACUUCAACCACAACGUGCGCUGCUGGAGUGAAGACAUGCUCCCUGGAUCCUCCAUACACAUCGAAGAUGCCAAGAAGUACAUCCAAAACAUCAAACCUGUUGGAGGAACCAACAUUAAUGAAGCACUGAUGAAAGCGGUGCAGAUCCUGGUGAGAGCGUCCAAUCAGGGGCUCAUCGACCCUCGCUCUGUCUCCAUGAUCAUCCUGGUGUCUGAUGGGGACCCGACUGUGGGGGAGAUAAAGCUCAGCAACAUUCAGAAGAAUGUAAAGAAAGCCAUGAGGGAGGACUUCUCGCUCUUCUCUUUGGGUAUUGGCUUCGAUGUGGAUUACGACUUCCUGGAGCGCAUCGCCAUGGAGAACCGUGGCAAUGCACAGCGCAUCUUUGCUAACCACGACGCUGCCGAACAGCUACGGACGUUCUACAGCCAGGUGGCCAACCCUCUCCUGCGCAAGAUCACUGUCCAGUUCCCAGAGGACUCGGUUUCUGACGUCACACAGAACCAGUUCGACAAAUACUUUGGGGGCUCUGAGCUGGUGGUUGCUGGCAAGGUGUUGCCCUCCGAGAGCGACACGCUAACCAGCUUUACCACCGCAUCGGCUGCCCUGCUGGACAUCACUCUGGAGACAGAGUCGGACACUUCCAAACUGGACGAGGAGCUGGCCAAGCAGCAGCACUCGUUCACAGGCUUCGCCAGGCAGCUGUGGGCCUACGUCACCAUCAAGCAGAUGAUGGGUGAGAGGUCUUUGGCACCAACGGCUUCCAAAAAGAGGAAGAUCACACAGCGGAUCCUGGCAUUGGCUAUGGAGCAUCAGUUUGUCACGCCUCUCACCGCCUUGCUGGUGGAGAGCGAGGACACCAGUGAGAGGCUGCUGGCCGACUCUCCCAAGGACCCCAAGCACGGAUGCUGCUCAGGAGGAAUGAUGGGAGGAGGUAUCAAAAACCCCGGUUUGGCUCCAGUGCGCCUCGUCUACCAACCUCCCCCCUGGGUCCAGAUGACCACGCCGGCCCCGCCCAGCCCAGUCGAGAAAGGACCAGAGGAAUGGACGCUGCCAAAGCAGGUCAACUUAGUGGACAACGAUCCACACUUCAUAGUGCACCUGCCCCGAAGCAACAUGGACGUAUGCUUCAACAUUGACUCCCAACCUGGACACAUCCUCAACCUAGUGACUGACAAAGGCACAGGUGUGGCAGUGAAUGGUCAGUUAAUCAGCGGCAAAAAGGUACACAAAGGCAAACGAAGCACCUACUUUGGCGUCAUCUCCGUCUACUACCAGCCUGAUGGCGUCAGCAUUACUGUGAGCACAGAUGCCAUAGCCUUAACCGACGGGAGGAACAACUACACCUUCACCUGGGGCGCCACGGCCGACAUCGUACAGGAUGGGUUGAGGAUCUCUGUCGUGAAGGACUCGAGCGUCUCCAUCACCAUCAACAACGGCAUCCAGGUGAUGGUUCUGCUGCACCGUGUGUGGAAGAAACACCCGGUCAACGUGGACUUCCUGGGCCUCUACCUGCCCAACGACAACCGUUACUCCCCUCUGGUCCAUGGACUCAUAGGUCAGUUCUCCAAUGAGCCUCAAGUGAACGUUUACGACAUCCAUAACGGCGCCGACCCCCUGAAAAAGGAGGCCACCAUGGAGGUGAAGGGCAACCAGCUGCAGGUCACCAGGGGCUGGCAAAAGGAUUACCGGCGGGACAAGAGACGGGGAUCAAACGUCUACUGCUGGUUCGUACACAACAGCGGGAAGGGCUUCAUCGACGGCCACUACAGCCACUACAUCGUCCCUGACCUCAACAGCUACCUAUGAAGGACUUUUUCCCUCGACAUUUUCACUCAUCCGUCAAAAAUUCAAAGAAAUCACAAAUCAGUAAUGUAAAGUUUGAUUUGAUUGUGAUUUAAACAACAAAAUGCUUGCUCCAUAAUGAGGAAAUGUCUAUAAAAAAGUGAUAAAACCCUGA